AUGGACAAGUAUGCUGCUAGUCAAUUCCUGUCUUAUAAGAUGGUUGACACCAAGCCCGUAGUUGACCAAGCCCAUGAGUUAACAGUGAUUUAUCAUGAAUUAGGCUUAAGGGGAAUGGGAAUAACUGAGAGCCUUCAAGUUGCUUGUACCAUUGACAAGCUCCCACCUUCUUGGAAAGACUUUGGGUUAUCCCUGAAACAUAAAACCGAGGAUAUGACAAUGAAAACUCUAUUGUCUGCCAUUAGGAUCCAAGAACAACACCUUGAGAAAGAUAAUGAGCAACUCAUGAAUCCUGAGCUUCUAACCAAGGUGAACUUUGUAGAAAGCCAAAAUAAGACCCAUAAGUUCAAGAACUCCAAAUUUGAAAAGGGUGGACCUAGAAACAAAAGAAAACCUAUGAAGCCAAAACACCAUAUCAAUAAGAAUGAUCGGAAGCCGAUUUGCUACAAUUGUGGGAAACUCGGUCAUAUGGCUCGAGUAUGCCGGAUGAAGAAGAAGAAGUAUCAGAACUAUGAACAUGUGCCUUCUCAACCUGCAAAUCCACAAACCAACAUGGUGCUAUCCAGUACUGGUCCUACUAGUACUGAUGAUCGGUCCGGAGUGGCCUAA